GGAGCAGAAGUAUUUUUCGCGUUGCCGCCGACGGUCCUACUGACACAGAAAAAUGCAAAAAAAGUAAGAGCGAGAAAGAGCUGGUGUAGGCGUGACAAAAGCGGUGCAAAAAGCAACGGUUCCGUGCAAGAAAACUUGAGUUAAUACAGUGAAGCUAACGUAAGAACGAACUUUGCGAGCAAAGCAGGCGAAUUUGGCGCUAUUCCAAUGAAUAGUCCUCGCUCGAACGGCGGCAGCGGUGGCGGCGCAAUCUCCGCUCUGCCCAGCACCCUGGCCCAACUGGCGCUGCGCGACAAGCAGCAGGCAGCGUCGGCAUCGGCGUCCGCGUCGGCGUCGGCGUCCUCUGCCACCAACGGCAGCGGCAGCGAGUCCUUGGUGGGCGGCGGCGGUGGCGGUCGUCCGCCCAAUCAGCCGCCCAGUGUGCCAGUGACCGCCGGCAAGCUGGACGGAGGCGCCUCCAACGGCGAUUCGAACAAACUCACCCACGAUCUGCAGGAGAAGGAGCACCAGCAGCUGCAGAAGCCACAGAAGCCUCCGCUGCCGGUGCGCCAGAAGCCCAUGGAGAUCGCCGGCUAUGUGGGAUUCGCCAAUCUGCCCAAUCAGGUCUACCGCAAGGCCGUCAAACGGGGCUUCGAGUUCACCCUGAUGGUGGUGGGCGCCAGUGGACUGGGCAAGUCGACGCUGAUCAACUCCAUGUUCCUGUCGGACAUCUACAACGCCGAACAGUAUCCGGGUCCCUCGCUGCGUAAGAAGAAAACCGUGGCCGUGGAGGCCACCAAGGUAAUGCUCAAAGAAAAUGGCGUGAAUCUCACGCUCACCGUGGUGGACACGCCCGGAUUCGGGGAUGCCGUGGACAACAGCAACUGCUGGGUGCCCAUCCUGGAGUACGUGGACAGCAAGUACGAGGAGUACCUGACAGCCGAAUCGCGGGUGUACCGCAAGACCAUCUCGGACAGCCGGGUGCACUGCUGCCUGUACUUCAUAGCGCCAUCGGGACACGGACUCCUGCCGCUGGACAUUGCCUGCAUGCAGAGCCUGUCGGACAAGGUGAAUCUGGUGCCGGUGAUCGCCAAGGCGGACACCAUGACCCCCGACGAGGUGCACCUGUUCAAGAAGCAGAUCCUCAAUGAGAUUGCCCAGCACAAGAUCAAGAUCUACGACUUCCCUGCCACGCUGGAGGAUGCGGCCGAGGAGGCCAAGACCACACAGAAUCUGCGCAGCCGAGUGCCAUUUGCGGUGGUGGGUGCCAACACCAUCAUCGAGCAGGACGGAAAGAAGGUUCGGGGCCGGCGUUAUCCCUGGGGCCUCGUCGAGGUGGAGAAUCUGACGCACUGCGACUUUAUUGCGCUGCGCAACAUGGUCAUACGCACGCACCUGCAGGACCUUAAGGACGUGACGAACAACGUCCACUACGAAAACUAUCGCUGCCGGAAGCUAUCCGAACUGGGACUGGUCGACGGAAAGGCCAGGCUGUCCAACAAGAACCCCCUCACCCAGAUGGAAGAGGAGAAGCGGGAGCACGAGCAGAAGAUGAAGAAGAUGGAGGCCGAGAUGGAGCAGGUGUUUGACAUGAAGGUCAAGGAGAAGAUGCAGAAGCUCAGGGACUCGGAGCUGGAGCUGGCACGGCGCCACGAGGAGCGCAAGAAGGCGCUGGAGCUGCAGAUCCGGGAGCUGGAGGAGAAGAGGCGCGAGUUCGAGCGCGAGAAGAAGGAGUGGGAGGAUGUCAACCACGUGACGCUCGAGGAGCUCAAGCGACGCAGCCUGGGGGCCAACAGCAGCACGGACAAUGUGGAUGGCAAGAAGGAGAAGAAAAAGAAGGGUCUGUUCUAAGUCAACCCGCUCAAAUAACCCCUCUAUCCCUGCCCCCCUUCCGAUAUACUUAAGCGCUAAUCUCGAGAACAAAACAAACGAAAGCAAACCCCUAGCGUAUCCUACAUAUAUACCUACCACAUAAAGUAAUUUGAAAAGUGCAUAAAUAUAUCUAUUGUUGGGCCACCAGCCGCCCCACAAGGCUUCUAUUCGCACAGCAAUCGUCCCGCGAUGGCGUUGCAUUUGUUUUCUACAUUACUAUACGAGUACAUAUAACACAUAGCAGUUGCAGUAUUUUACCAAUAUAUAUCCACACGCAUUACUUGACGAGACACAUUUGCUAGCCUAAUGAAUUGAUUGAACACGCAAACGAAUUAAACCGAAACAGUAACAAAACGGUAUUUACAAAAUACUUAAAUAUCUUAAAGCUUAAACAAAACAAAAAAAAAAAAGGAAAACCUAAGCAAAAAGAACGAGUACGGGGCGAAAUCGAUCCUAAAAUUAAUUAUAACGAACCCAUGUAUAACGUAUGCUAUUGAUAUUGUAAUUGUAUUUUACCUAUUAUGCAUAAAGUCAUAAAACACCCAAACAACACACACCAGCAAAAGCAAAAAGCGGCAACAGCAGCAGAAACCAACAAGAAACAAAAUAUACUCUUGCAUUUUAUAAAAUAAAGUCUUCUCUUUAGUUUAACUACAUAAAAAACCGAAAAGAA